UCAAAGCUGCUGCGUUCUCAGCACUAAUUCCCGAAGGAUAUGCUUUGAACUUUACCAAUCUCCAUGCCUCGAGUUCCACUUCUUCGUGCAUGGGAUAUACCACCCUCAAUCAGUAUGACACAAACAAAUGUGCCUCACUCUGCACUGCCCUAACUGGUUUCGUUGCCUUCAACCUCUAUUUCGAGCGUGACCCAACUCUAGAUCCCAAUGCCUAGAAUUGUCCUAACCCACCUUCCGAGACGAACAUCAAGUGCGUUUUCUGGGGUGUCCCAGUCUCUGCUUCAACCGCCACCAAUGCCGGCCAAUACCGAGACUCCUUCGAAAUCGGGAUUGCCGGAUCGAACGGCUACAACGCCCUCGCCGCCCCUCCUUCAAACCCAAGUUUCGCCGGACCCAUCUCCUGACCGGGAGCCCUCUCUUGCCCCGUCGAUCCCACCACUGGCAUCAGCACCUACGUCGUCUCUAAAUACUUCUCCUUCGGCCUCCUCCCGGACCAAAUCCAAUACCUCAACACCGAAGUCUGCGUCUCGGCCUGAGAGGCUCAAACAUCGUAUAACUUCGCCCAUGCACCAGCCAACAAGAACCCAACGGUUUGUAACCUUGUUGUGGCGUACAUGUUGAGUGAUAAUUAUGGGGUAGCGCAGGGUGUUUAUUGUGCGAUGUUUACAGAGAGUUGGGAUGCCGGAUAUGGCACUGUGAGUGCGGUGACGGUUGGGAAUGUGGAGUGGAGUGUCAGACGGGCGUGGGCGUAUACUAAUGCUACUUGUGCGGCGAUUUAUAGUUCAAUUUGUGAGGUGAGUGGGUGUUCUGUUGAGUAUGCGGGGGAUAAUUGUGGUGGGUGGGGUGCUGGGAGUUGCUGAGAAGUAG